CCAGGCUCAGAGCGAUCAGUUGGUCUGAAGUAGUGGAGACGAGUGGACGUUGCCGCCCGCGCUCUCUCUCUCUGUCACGCCCGUUUGUUUGACGCGUUUUGACUAUCUAUCGCGAUCUAAUAUCGACGGACAAGACAUCAUCUUUGAGAAUUCCCUAGUAAUUCCAAGAUUAGGCGAAAGAAAAGUCUAAGAAAACCUCAAUGUGGCCUGACGAAGACGGCACCACCACCACCACCACUUGAGUCUCGGGUUCCUCUUCUCUCGCGGCAUCUUCACCAACUAUAUACGGUUCACGGUGGCGUCACCGGUGCACCUCUCGAAGUCGUACCUCACUCCAUCCAACCACGUCCCAGACAUGUCUGACAACGAGCACCGCAUCCGCCUCGUCCUCCUAGGCGGCGCCGGCGUCGGCAAGAGCUCCAUCAUCAACCGGUUCCUCUUCAACAAGUACACGGACAAGUACAAGAGCACGGUGGAGGACCUCUACAACAGAGACUACGACAACGGCUACAUCACGCUGAAGGUGGACAUCCUGGACACGGCGGGAGACUUCCAGUUCCCGGCCAUGAGGCGGCUGUCCAUCGCCAACGCCCAUGCCUUCCUCAUCGUGUACUCGGUGAGCGACAGCAAGUCCUUCCAGACGGUUCUCCAGUGCAUCGAGGAGAUCAAGGAGCAAAGGACGGACUACGAGGAAAUCCCCAUCGUCAUCGCCGGCAACAAGACCGACCUCGAGGUCGAGAGGAAGGUCUUCAAGGAGGACGUCACCGAAUGGAUUUACAGACAUUUGCAGAGAUUCAGAUGUCGAGUCAUCGAGUGCUCUGCCAAGGAAAACCUCAACAUCAAGGAGCUCUUCCGCACGUUCCUGCAGAUCGGCAAGGUCCCCCUCAGUGACGAGUCCAGUCUCAAGCGCCAGUCGUCCGCCUACACGAAGAGCAGGAACCAGAGGAAAAGUGCCUCGCCAGCCAGAGAAAGAGAGACCAUACCUGAGAGUCUCGGAGCCUCCGGAUGGACUCCGCCUUCAUCGGCCUUCUCCCGCAACAAGCCCAGAAGCCGCUCGCUCAUUCGUCGCUCUUCCAAGAAGGCCAAGCAGCAGGUGCGAGACGCCCAGCCUGACGAUUGCUCGCUGUCCUAACACCGAAACGUCGAGCCAACAUUUUAUUUUUUAAUAUUGAUUUUUUUUUUCAAAUCAUGGCGGCAACUCAAAAACGUCCACUGUCUUCUUGGGGCUCUGGUGACAGCCACAAUUAAUUUCGUGUGGUGGAUCUGGUGCUGCUUUUGAGGUUGAUGACGUCACGAAGGUGGGAGGAACCCCCUAUACUCCUCGCUGUGUUGGAGCGCGUGCGCACGUCGUGCGCAUGCGCAGGGUUUGUGCGUUCAUGUGGAUGGAAUUGGUCUCGCGUUUUACCUGGAAUGGGAAUUCUCAAUGGAAAGAGUGUUACUGUUGUUGUUGUUUAUGGGAUCAUUUUGAAGUGAAUGGCUUCUGUUGUUUGCCAAAUGGAAUGGUAGGAGAAAGAGUGAUAGUGUAUAUAUAUAUUUAUCAGCACAUCUAAUAUAUAU